AUGCCAACAUCGAGUCAAUCACAAAUUCUUUCUGUUGUUGAUUAUCAAUUACUUCAACAACAAGCACAACAACAACAACAACAACAACAGCAACAAAUAGCUAAUAGUCAAGAUGCAACAACAAAACUUGCUGGUCUUAAUUAUGUUAAUCAACCAUCACUAAUCGAAAUAAGACGACGUUCAUCAAGAGAUGAACGACGUCCAUCAACUGGAAAAAAAGAUAAUGAUGGUAAUCAAUCACCACCACCUCCAAAUAUCACUGUUCGUAGACGAAGUUCAGCUAAAAUUAUUGAUGAUACAACAUCAAAUCGACCAACACAACAAAGUGAUUCAUUUCGUAUGCCAACAAUUUAUCUUAAUCAUAUGAGUCAUAAUGAAUUAAAAACGCCAACACAAUCAUCACGAUUUCGUCGAAUUUCAUUAAAUGAUGAUAAUGGUAUUGAAAAUGAACAUAAAUCUAAACAAUUAAAAAGUUAUCCAACACCAACGACACCUGAUGAUGAAAAUAAUGCAUUAUCAUCAGAUGAUAAUGAAGAAAAUUUUCCUAAGGAAAGACGAUCAAGUUUAUUAAAUGAUAAUGCACGUCGUUUAUUAAUUUUGGGUACAAUACGUCCAUCAAGAACAUUUUAUAAAGAUUUACCUGAAGAUGAUGUUGAACAUCUUAUGGAAUAUUUUCGUCGAAUGAGAAAAACACAUCGAACAAUUACAUCAGAAGAAAUUAAUCAAGAAUUACAAAAUAAAUUUAUUGAAUAUAAACCAAAAAUUUUUUUUGAUUCUGCUACUGUAACAAAAGGUCAAAUAAUGAAUAUCGAAAAAAUUAUUGAACAAUAUGCUGAUAAAAUUCGUACAAAUAAAGCUGAAUUAGUUAAACUUGAAAAUCCGAUUCGUUUUGUAAUUAAACAAAUCGAUAAUGAUAUACCAUUAACAACAAUUCCACGUGAAUAUCAUGAUUGUUUUUUAACACUUGUUACUCGAUCAGAUCCAUUACGUAAAUCAGAUUUAAUAAAUGAACUUAUUCGAGAUAAACUUAUUGAAGAUGUUAAAGCAAAUUCAUUAGAUAUCAGUUAUUUUCCUGGUGGUAUUAAUUAUGAUGUUCCACGUGAAGAUAUUGAUGAAAGUGGUCACAUGAAAAUUGAAACAUAUCAAAAAUUAAAAAAACGUUUAAGUCAUCGUAAAAUUUGGCAUUUUAGUGAACCACCAGAAAAAAAACCUAAUGCUUUAUUAGCAAAUCUUCCAUUAGAUUUCUCAAUCUAUAUAAAUCAUCAAUAUUUACUUGAUUGUCUUUAUGAUCAUUUAAAAACUCUUUCAUUCGAUGAAAAUUUUAUUAAAAAUGAUCAAAUUUUAUCAAUUGAAUUUGUACCAUUAAGUUGUAUUUUAAAUUCAGAUGAUAUUCAAAAUCAAUUUAUUAUUGAUUGUGAUUCAAUUGAAACAAAAGAUAAAUUAAUGGAAAAACCAUUGAAAAUUUCUUUAAAUAAACAAACAAGUACAAUUGAAUUACGUUCUUAUGAUUAUGAGAUUCAUAGAGAAUAUGAAAAAUCAAUUAAAGCAGAAAAAUAUAGAGAAUUAAUUAAAAAUCAUGAGGAAGCUAUUAAACGAACAUCAACCAAAUAA